UGAGAAAUUUAAAAUCUGAAUUUUUGCUUAGAAAAAAUAGGAUGCCUUUUGAGAACUAUUUUCUCAGCUAAAGUUAUGGCAAAAUUGAUUUAUACCAAGGUCAAGUUAAAAAGGUAAAGCGUUUUGUACAAAACGUACUGAUGAAGUUUUCAUUACUUAUUUUUCUUUUAAUACAACAAAGCGUUUUUUUUUUUUUUCUCUCUUAACAUGCAUUGAUUGGUGUACAAUAAAAUCAACAACAUGUAGAGACUAUUAAUAUAAUAAAUAGGUUCGAGUUUAAUUUAGUGCUAUCUUUAAAAUACUUUAUUUGUUUACAUUUUUUUCUUCUGGUGCUCUGAGUCUGAUAAACUUCCUGCCUUACUCUUCAGGGGACCGGAAGAGUAUGAGUGUGCUGUUUCCUUUAGCAUCACAGUUUCUGAGCAAAGGCUAAUGGCACAAACCUCGCAACAUGAAACAGCAAACUUGAUUACAACAAGAAUUAUAAAUACAUACAUGUUUAAUUAAGAAAAAUUGCAACGUAUGCUUUGGCAUUGGCUGUUCCUGUAAUUGUUACCAAAGGAACUAAAGGGCAGAUGGAUAAAAGCACAUUUAAAACGUUUCUUGCUCUAUCAUGUACCAUCACUAUUAUUUUCAUACUGAUAGUGGCGUACACAAGCAAUUAUUCUCUUUACCAAUAUAUUGGUCCUUUCUAUAAUAUGCAAAAAACCACAGAGGUUUCGAUGCAAGAAGUCAAAGAGACUUUAAUAACACCCAUCAAAGACUCGGAGCAUUUCAUGGUGUCUGCGUUUAUUGACCACAGACUGGACGGGGUCAUUCGAGUCAUCAGCAUAAUCAAGAGAAACAAUCUUCAGCCACUUUACUGUGUUUACUGCAUCACUGUACAUGACUGCAAAACUGUUCAGGCAGAUGUCCAGAUACACAGUGACCAUUUUGGCUUCCCAUUUCAUGUCUCAGAUGUGAUUUGUAAAGGCAAGCACAUGGAAAAUGCAAAACAAGUCCUCAUAUCAACUAAAGAUUCAGACAACAAUAAUACGGAGUAUCUGCCGAUAAAAAAUCGUGUCAGUACAAAUACUUUCAAGUUUGACUUCACCAUUUGCAUCUCCAACCUUUUUGGCGAAUACAACAAUGUACUGCAGUUUGCUCAAACUAUGGAGAUGUACAAGCUUCUGGGUGUACAGCACGUGGUCAUCUAUAACACUAGUUGUGGACCAGACCUGGAAAAGCUCUUAAAACAUUAUGAAACAGAGGGAAUACUGGAGAUUGUUUCAUGGCCUAUCGACAAGUUUCUGAACCCAUCUCCGGGCUGGAACUUCCAGGAACACAAGGGCGAUCUCCAUUAUUACGGUCAGUUAGUAACACUCAACGAGUGCAUUUACAGACACAUGUAUCAAUCCAGGUACGUUCUCCUGAAUGAUAUUGACGAGAUCAUCAUGCCGUACAAACACAGCAAUUUACCAUCUCUUAUGGAGGAUCUCCAGUCUGCUCAUCCCAGUGUAGGGGUGUUCCGCAUAGAGAACCACAUAUUCCCCAAAACACAGUUUGAGGACAGUGGGAAGUUCAAACGAGCAGAAUGGAAUAAUAUUCCUGGUGUCAAUAUCAUGGAGCACAUUUACAGAGAACCUGAUCGAAAACAUGUUUACAAUCCUGCAAAGAUGAUUGUCAACCCAAGGAAGGUGCAGCAAACAUCAGUACAUUCCACUUUAAAAGAGUUCGGAGUUUUUUACAAUGUGCCGUUUGAUGUAUGUAGGAUUGUACAUGUGAGAGAACCACUGCAGGGGCAUCUUACCAAAGACCAACUGUUUGUAGACAAAAGAGUCUGGGACUUUGAGCAAGAACUGAUCCCGAAUGUGGAUCAGACAUUGAAUUUUUCAGAAUCUGCAGAUGUAAUCCAGUUCUGAUCUACCAAAGCAACUAUAAAUCAGCCCCUCAUAAUAAUCCACAUCACAACCAGCCGUGGGAAUAGAGUGAAGCCGGUGGCACGAGUCUCACGGAAGAGCUCGGGAAAGGAGUGACAACAGACCAAGUCAAGAGAGAACCAGGCAUGGGACAUUUAUUUUGCUGUUUUUGUUUUAGUUCAUGCUGCAGUCAUCUGUGAGAUUUGUUUAAGUCUAAACAAAUUCUUGUUUAACCCUAAAACACAACCAAAGGAAAUGCCUAAUUCAAAAUACAAAACACUUGUGAAAAAUAAGUAUGGAAAAUUUUUGUACAUUGGGCCCUAUUUUUACAGACUUUUCAUAGAGUGUAUGUAUGUGCGUCGAUCGAUGUUUAUAUGUGACUAAAAGCCUAAAUUAAAGGGUUAGUUCACCCCAAAAUGAAAAUUCUGUCAUUAAUUACUCACCCUCAUGCACCAACACAAAUUAAGAUAUUUUUGAUAAAAUCCGAUGGCUGAGGCCUGCAUUGCCAGCAAGACAAUUAACUCUUUCAAUGCCCAGAAAGCUACUAAAGAUGCAUUUAAAACAGUUGUCAGAUGUGACUACAGUGGUUCAACCUUAAUGCUAUGAAGCGACGAGAAUAGUUUUUGUGUGCCAAAAAAACAAAUAACU